AUGGACUGUGUGACUAACCAAGAUUCUGUGUACUUGCCCAACUCUGUCAGUGCGACCCUGGAGGACCUGGAUUUAUGGAGGCAGUUCCACCAGGAAGGCACAGAGAUGAUCAUCACCAAGUCUGGAAGGCGGAUGUUCCCACAAUGUAAAAUUCGGCUCUUUGGGCUCCAUCCCUACACCAAAUAUGUGGUUCUGGUGGAUUUUAUCCCUCUAGACAACUGCAGAUAUAAGUGGAACAAGAACCAGUGGGAGGCAGCAGGUAAAGCGGAGCCACACCCUCCAUGCAGGACAUAUGUUCACCCAGACUCUCCAGCCCCAGGUGCCCACUGGAUGAAGGAUGCAGUCUGUUUCCAAAAGCUUAAACUGACCAACAACACAUUGGACCAACAUGGACAUAUAAUCUUGCACUCAAUGCAUCGGUACAAACCUCGGUUCCACAUUAUUCAGUCUGAUGACCUAUACAACACCCGAUGGGGACUCCUGCAGGUUUUUAGCUUCUCAGAGACCCAGUUUACAGCAGUCACUGCCUAUCAAAAUGAUAAGAUCACAAAACUGAAAAUUGAUCACAAUCCUUUUGCCAAGGGUUUCAGAGAACAGGAAAGGGUCAACCGGAGUGAUGAUAUGUUGAAGCUUCAUCCUCAAAGUCCUAGCAAGCGCCAGAAAAGAAAGAAAUGGGAGGACAGUCUUGAACCAAAAGAGGAAGAUCGUUCUAAAAUUGCUUGCGUAAAGGAAGAGCCUAGCGUUAUGCCAGCAGAAGUAUUCUCCCAAUGGGUUGCAGAUCACGAAGGAGGUCUUAAUUUAAAUUCCACCUCUCCAGAUUUGACAGAGUCUCCACACCAGGAGCAGCAGGUUCCAUCCUCUUCAUCCAGCUUUCUGUAUAGAAGCCCACAGCGAAGAUGUCCUCAGCCCCUUCCAGGUUCCUUGGAUGUAUGUGAAGCAGCAGGGAGACGCCUCACACCUGAUGUUGCUACAGUGCCAGAGUUGGAUGCCUGUCAGCUUCAAGUAUUUCCUCCACAGCAUCCUGUACAGGAGCGCCCCAGUGGAAUGAACUUUCCAAUGGACACACCUGCACGGCAGACACUGCGUGGUCCCAUGUACAGUCCAUAUACCACUGACCAGUGGAUGGUUCCAACACAAGGGCAGUAUCGGCCCAUGGGCUACUCCUACCCCAACAGACUUUGGCACCCAGGGACCUGUGAAUCACCCACACAAUGGGAUGUCAGACUGGAGCCAGUAUCCUCUAUUCUCUUACACUUGCUGGUAAAAGGAUGA